CGCUCGGCCGCGGCCUCUAUCGACUUGCUCCGGCUCCGCUCGCCGUCCUGGGCCGCGGCGGAGCGCAGAGCCGCGUGUAAGAAGUCGGGUCCAGUGCGGUCCCAAGCCUUCUUCCACACCAUGAACACGUCCCCGGGCACGGUGGGCAGUGACCCGGUCAUCUUGGCCACUGCGGGCUAUGACCACACGGUGCGCUUCUGGCAGGCCCACAGUGGGAUCUGUACCCGCACGGUGCAGCAUCAGGACUCUCAGGUGAACGCACUGGAGAUCACGCCUGACCGCAGCAUGAUCGCGGCUGCAGUUUACCCUGUGCCCCUAGGUUACCAGCACAUUCGCAUGUAUGAUCUCAGCUCCAACAACCCCAACCCCAUCAUCAGCUACGACGGGGUCAACAAGAACAUCGCGUCUGUGGGCUUCCAUGAGGACGGUCGGUGGAUGUACACGGGUGGGGAGGACUGCACUGCUCGGAUCUGGGACCUCAGGUCCCGCAACCUACAGUGUCAGCGGAUCUUCCAGGUGAACGCACCCAUUAACUGCGUGUGCCUGCACCCCAACCAGGCGGAGCUCAUCGUGGGUGACCAGAGUGGCGCCAUCCACAUCUGGGACUUGAAGACCGACCACAACGAGCAGCUGAUACCCGAGCCUGAGGUCUCCAUCACGUCUGCCCACAUUGACCCCGAUGCCAGCUACAUGGCAGCCGUCAACAGCACCGGGAACUGCUAUGUCUGGAAUCUGACCGGGGGCAUUGGCGACGAGGUGACACAGCUCAUCCCCAAGACCAAGAUCCCUGCACACACCCGCUACGCCCUGCAGUGCCGCUUCAGCCCUGACUCCACGCUCCUUGCCACCUGCUCGGCUGACCAGACGUGCAAGAUCUGGAGGACGUCCAACUUCUCCCUGAUGACAGAGCUCAGCAUCAGGAGCAGCAACCCGGGAGAGUCAUCCCGAGGCUGGAUGUGGGGCUGCGCCUUCUCGGGGGACUCUCAGUACAUCGUCACCGCCUCCUCUGACAACCUGGCCCGGCUCUGGUGCGUGGAGACAGGAGAGAUCAAGAGAGAGUACGGGGGCCAUCAGAAAGCUGUGGUCUGCUUGGCCUUCAACGACAGCGUGCUGGGCUAACCUGGGCCGCCUCGGAGCCGCAGGCAGCUGUCCAGGCAGCGCCUGCUGAAUACGUCUGUUCAGAUGCCCGGCUCAGAGGGAACCUCCACCAGCCCAGGCCAGCUGGCCCUGCCUGGCUACCCUGGUCCCCUCAGCCGGCUUCCAGGGGCCAGGCCGGUAUGGCCUGGGAUCCUCUCAGCUUCCAGUUGCUUAGGUGGAUGUGACAGGCAGCCGACCUGAGCCAGCCUACUCUCAUUUCAGAAAUUCCAGAGCCACAUGACUUAGGGGAUCCGAGGCUGGUGUCCCGUCCCAAGCCAGUGUUCCCUCCACCGCCUGCCCGUUCUGUGUACUGAACCACAAAGAACACCGUUAUGGCCAGGUGCAGGGUUUAUUAGCCCCGCCGGCAGCCACCUUCCUUGCGACUGAUGGCGGGGACGGCCAGCUGGCUGGCCUGUGGGCCGGGCCGGGCUCUGAACUCAGUCUGGGAGGUAAUAAAAGCAGACUGACACGCAGACGUUGCUGGGGAAGCAGAUGUCAAUGCACAGGUAGACCAGCCGCUGCCUCCGGGGUCCUGGGGGAAGGGGUCUGCUUGAGCCCCAGGGGGCUCCUCACCCUUCUCUCCAGACUGUCGUGCAGGAGCCCGGGCCUCUCAGCACAGCCCCAACUUACCCUCUGCUCGACGGGCCCAGUAAAUGGGCGUUUUCGUGCAAAGGUGCCGCACCGACUCCCCCACCUGGGCGGGGUCCACCUCACGGUCCCCAAGCACUGCCAGCAGCUCCUGGACGUAGCGGGUGUCCUGGCUGGGGCCGUGAGACCCUCGGGCCUGCGGAGAAGACUCUGGUGGGCCAUGGCACUGGGGCACCUGCACUUGCCCUGCUUGGGGCAGGGCCUGUCCCCUGGACACACUGGCCCUGUGCCGGCACCACCCUCAGCUCUUGUCAGCAGCCUCAGCCAAGGGAAGACAGGGCUUCUGUUCCCUGAAACCAGAGCUCCGGCCCGUUGCAGGGCCGGGCUGUACACAGGACCCUUUGUCCCCUGGCCCCGGGAGCCUGGCCGCAUGGGCCGCACGGGGCUGCUUACCUGUGAGCUGUUCACCAGCAGCUCUAGGGUCUCGCGAUCUCGGGGUUCCAUCGGGCGGAGGAAGCAGGCCCGGUGUCCUGAGGGGCGGUAACAGACGCAGCCCUGGGGAGGCAGGCGGGUGAGGCAGGGCCACCUGUACAUCCGUGGGUGCUGACCACACCCCCAGCCCACUCACGCUCUGCCCAUCGAACAGCACCGCCCAGCUGUGGUUGCUCUGAGCUGGGGUCACCCGGAUGGUCGCCACGUUCCGGGCCGCAUCCACCUGGGUGGUUUGGUUGGACCGGGGUGCCCUGGGGCCCGGGAGGGUCAGACGGAGCAUCUGCAGCAGAGGCUGACAUCAGGAAGCCAGAGCUCAGCUGGAUAGGCCGGGGCGGCCCCCGACACGCCCCCAGUUCUCCCUGUGAGGUUUCUGACCCCUCCACCCGCCUGGGCCUCCUGCCUCUGCUCAGGGCCCUGGCUCCACUGGAAGGCUGGGAUGUGCUGUCCUCCCCCCACCUCCCAGUGUCUGUGUCCCUGGCUGGGUCCUGAGGAGGAGCUCACCUUGGGAGGGCUGUGAGCGAAGCCAAGAAGCCCUCCAGCCACGACCCCCGCAGCGGCCAGUGCCAGCAGCAGCAGGAGCAGGCCGGGGGUCUUCCAGGGCUUGGCCUUCACCUGGGGGCACAUCGCAGUCCGUGGGGCCUAGAGCAGAGACCGGGGAGCAGGCUGGUUCGGGAAGGCGAGGGGUGGGAGGUGGGCACUUGCGCUCCUGUCCCCUGCCCAGGUCAAGCCCUGGGUCUCUGUCCCUGGAGAGGGCACCGGGUGUUUGGAGGCACUCACCUGGCCGGGCCCGGGGCUCUCCUCGCAGCAGCCCGUCUGCUCCAUGCCGCGGCCCUGGUGACAAUGCGCUGAUUGUCUGCUGCCCCUUGCAGUCAGCUGGGGAAACCUCGGUACAGUGAUGAGCCGACAACCAUCCCGGCCCCCUCCUCUCCUGCCCCCCUUGCUUCCCGCCAGCCCAGCUACCUGAUAUCAGGGUCAGAGCCGGGACAGCCCCCAUCCUUGGGGUGGGGUGCUUGUCACUGAGCCUGGCUCUUGGACACCUGGCCUGUGCUGACUGGAGACUGGAAGUGCAUGGCUGUCCGGGAAACCAGUUCCCACUGAUUGGCACCGAGGGCGGCCCAGGCAGAAUGUCUUUAGUCUGCUUGGGGACGGGCUUAAGUUUUCUAAAGAGGCUGUUCCAGUCUCUUUACUGUUACUUCUGGAUUCCUGGGGCUCGGCUCGUGGCAAACCAUCAAUAAAUGCGUUUCAUGAAUGACCGGUAA